GACGAAGGCCCCCAAUCGGCAUCUUAUCGACUACAUUCUAAGCCAAUAGACAAUUGAAUGGGGCUGAUAUAAUUUUACAUCUCUUUUAUAUCGAAUCCAUCCUGGCCGAUAAGCUGCUGUGCUGAGAACAAGGAGCCUCUGUAGCUCUUCUUUCGGUGCCCCAGAGGUCAAGAAGCAGACGCCAUGUUUCUGUACAACCUGACUCUGCAGCGAGCCACAGGCAUCACUCACGCCAUCCAUGGCAACUUCUCUGGAACCAAGCAGCAGGAGAUCGUUGUUUCCCGGGGGAAGAUCUUGGAGCUGCUGCGCCCUGAUGCCAACACUGGGAAGGUGCACACGCUGCUCACCAUGGAGGUGUUCGGCAUCAUCCGCUCCCUUAUGGCUUUCCGGCUCACGGGAGGGACCAAAGACUACAUCGUGGUGGGCAGUGACUCGGGCCGCAUCGUGAUCCUGGAGUACCACCCCUCCAAGAACAUGUUUGAGAAGGUGCACCAGGAGACCUUCGGCAAGAGUGGGUGCAGGCGCAUUGUCCCGGGACAGUUUCUCGCCGUGGACCCCAAGGGCAGAGCUGUCAUGAUUGGUGCCAUUGAGAAGCAGAAGCUGGUAUACAUUCUGAACCGCGACGCGGCGGCCCGGCUCACCAUCUCCUCCCCGCUGGAGGCCCACAAGGCCAACACCCUGGUGUACCACGUGGUGGGAGUGGACGUGGGCUUCGAGAACCCCAUGUUCGCCUGCCUGGAGAUGGACUAUGAAGAAGCGGACAACGACCCGACCGGUGAGGCAGCAGCGAACACCCAGCAGACGCUGACGUUCUACGAGCUGGAUCUGGGCCUGAACCACGUGGUGCGCAAGUACAGCGAGGCGCUGGAGGAGCACGGCAACUUCCUCAUUACAGUUCCGGGAGGUUCUGAUGGCCCCAGUGGGGUGCUCAUUUGCUCUGAGAAUUACAUCACCUAUAAAAAUUUUGGGGACCAGCCAGACAUCCGGUGCCCCAUCCCACGCAGAAGGAAUGACCUGGACGACCCCGAGCGGGGCAUGAUCUUCGUCUGCUCGGCCACCCACAAGACCAAGUCCAUGUUCUUCUUCCUGGCCCAGACCGAGCAGGGAGACAUCUUCAAGGUCACCCUGGAGACGGACGAGGAGAUGGUGACUGAGAUCAGAAUGAAGUACUUCGACACCAUCCCCGUGGCGACGGCCAUGUGUGUGCUGAAAACCGGCUUCCUGUUUGUGUCUUCGGAGUUUGGCAACCACUACCUGUACCAGAUUGCCCACCUGGGCGAUGAUGACGAGGAGCCGGAGUUCUCCUCCGCCAUGCCCCUGGAGGAGGGAGACACCUUCUUCUUCCAGCCCCGUCCGCUGAAGAACCUGGUGCUGGUGGACGAGCAGGAGAACCUGUCCCCGAUCAUGGCCUGCCAGAUUGCUGAUCUGGCCAAUGAGGACACUCCUCAGCUGUAUGCAGCGUGUGGUCGGGGGCCCAAGUCCACCCUGAGGGUCUUGAGACACGGGCUGGAGGUGUCUGAGAUGGCUGUGUCUGAGCUGCCUGGUAACCCCAAUGCUGUAUGGACAGUGCGUCGUCACAUAGAGGAUGAGUUUGACGCUUACAUCAUCGUGUCCUUCGUCAACGCCACGCUGGUGCUGUCCAUCGGAGAGACCGUAGAGGAAGUGACGGACUCCGGCUUCCUGGGCACCACGCCCACCCUGUCCUGCUCCCUGCUGGGGGAGGACGCCCUGGUGCAGGUAUAUCCGGACGGGAUCCGUCACAUCCGUGCGGACAAGCGUGUGAACGAGUGGAAGACCCCGGGAAAGAAGACCAUCGUGCGCUGCGCGGUCAACCAGCGGCAGGUGGUCAUCGCGCUGACCGGCGGUGAGCUGGUCUACUUCGAGAUGGACCCGUCGGGGCAGCUGAAUGAGUACACGGAGAGGAAGGAGAUGUCAGCGGACGUGGUGUGCAUGAGCCUGGCCAACGUGCCCCCCGGUGAGCAGCGCUCCCGCUUCCUGGCCGUGGGCUUGGUGGACAACACCGUCCGCAUCAUUUCCCUGGACCCCUCGGACUGCUUGCAGCCCCUCAGUAUGCAGGCCCUGCCUGCCCAGCCUGAGGCUCUGUGUAUCGUGGAGAUGGGCGGCGUGGAGAAACAGGACGAGCUGGGGGAGAAGGGCUCCAUCGGCUUCCUCUACCUCAACAUCGGCCUGCAGAACGGCGUCCUGCUCCGGACCGUGCUGGACCCGGUGACCGGCGACCUGUCUGACACUCGCACACGCUACCUGGGGUCACGGCCCGUCAAGCUCUUCCGGGUCAGGAUGCAGGGACAGGAAGCUGUCCUGGCCAUGUCCAGCCGGUCCUGGCUCAGCUACUCGUACCAGUCGCGGUUCCACCUGACGCCCCUGUCCUACGAGACGCUGGAGUACGCCUCGGGCUUCGCCUCGGAGCAGUGCCCCGAGGGCAUCGUGGCCAUCUCCACCAACACCCUGAGGAUUUUGGCUCUGGAGAAACUGGGCGCGGUCUUCAACCAGGUGGCCUUCCCUCUGCAGUACACACCCCGCAAGUUUGUGAUCCACGCCGAGACGAACAACCUCAUCCUGAUCGAGACGGACCACAACGCCUACACCGAGGCCACCAAGGCCCAGCGCAAGCAGCAGAUGGCUGAGGAAAUGGUGGAGGCAGCAGGGGAAGACGAGAGGGAGCUGGCCGCCGAAAUGGCUGCCGCCUUCCUGAACGAGAACCUUCCGGAAGCCAUCUUUGGAGCGCCCAAGGCAGGCUCUGGCCAGUGGGCCUCCCUGGUGCGGCUCUUUAACCCCAUACAGGGCACCACUCUGGAUCAGGUGCAGCUGGAGCAGAACGAGGCUGCCUUCAGUGUGACCGUGUGUCGGUUCGCCAGCGGUGGUGACGAUUGGUACAUCCUGGUGGGCGUGGCCAGGGACUUGAUUCUGAACCCACGUUCGGUGGGAGGUGGCUUCAUCUACACCUAUCGCCUGGGUGGGGGUGGAGACAAGCUGGAGUUCGUACAUAAGACUCCGGUGGAGGACGUCCCAUUGGCCAUUGCCCCAUUCCAGGGGCGUGUUUUGGUGGGCGUGGGAAAGCUGCUGCGCAUCUAUGACCUGGGCAAGAAGAAGCUGCUCCGCAAGUGUGAGAACAAGCACGUGCCAAACCUGGUGACAGGUAUUCACACCAUUGGCCAGCGCGUCAUCGUGUCGGAUGUCCAGGAGAGCCUCUUCUGGGUCCGCUACAAGCGCAACGAGAACCAGCUGAUCAUCUUCGCCGAUGACACGCACCCCCGCUGGGUCACCACGGCCUGCCUGCUGGACUACGACACCAUGGCCUCCGCAGACAAGUUUGGCAACAUCAGCAUCGUCCGCCUGCCUCCCAACACCAGUGACGAUGUCGAUGAAGACCCCACAGGGAACAAGGCAUUAUGGGACAGGGGGCUGCUGAACGGUGCUUCCCAAAAGGCGGAGGUGAUCAUGAACUACCACAUCGGAGAAACGGUCCUCUCCCUGCAGAAGACCACGCUGAUUCCCGGGGGAUCCGAGUCGCUAGUCUACACCACGCUCUCCGGAGGCAUCGGCAUCCUGGUGCCCUUCACCUCCCAUGAGGAUCAUGACUUCUUCCAGCACUUGGAGAUGCACAUGCGGUCUGAGUUCCCACCUCUUUGUGGGAGGGACCACCUCAGUUUCCGCUCGUACUACUUCCCUGUUAAGAAUGUGAUUGACGGGGACCUGUGCGAGCAGUUUAACUCCAUGGACCCACACAAGCAAAAGGGGGUGUCUGAGGAACUGGACCGCACACCCCCUGAGGUUUCCAAGAAACUGGAGGACAUUCGCACGCGCUACGCUUUCUAGAACCUGAGCCCUUUCCGUGGCCGGACAUGGAGUGUUUCUGUUCUGUCGAGACUUUUCCCUCCAUUUUGUAUCCCCGUCAUAAUUUUUUUUUUUUUUUUGGGUCGUUGGAGAGACUGAAAUACUCUAGGAACAAUAAUUGGCUCUUUUUUUUUUGUAUUUGUUUGAAAGUGCAUCAGACAGUGGUCAGCCAAUCAGAUCUGUGUUUAGUUCUGUGUGUUCGGAUGUAAUCCCCCCGGGGUUUUGCGGGAUGCAUACGUUCCCACAGAGUGCCACGGGGGCAAAAAACAUUUCUGACCGCAGGGUUGAGCCACAUCAAAAAAAAAUGUUCCCCAUCUCCGCUUUGUGUUUAUACGAAUUAUCUGAGCAGUUUGGAGUCUGGAAAGCUUUUAUAUAUUGUUGCUGAUGUGUUUCAAAUGCAGGAAAUGCAAGGACAUUUUAAGGAUCGAAAAACAGACUUGUCUAAAUUCUAUUUAAAACGGUAGGGCUGGAGACCGUUGCUUCAGCGAUGCAGCAUGAAGGCUAACGGUAGAGCCAUGGCGGUUUUUCUAGCCGCUGUCUGGCGGUGGUUUUUCCAUGGCAGAGCAUACAAAACCAAACCUCAACUGCGACCAUAUGGCCAUCAAGCUGCAGGGAAGGAUCUGUGUGGAUUUGUGUUAAUGUUGGAGCAUUGUUGAGGGGUGGGAUGGGGUACCUGUUUUGUAAAUAAACCUUUUCUACAGUGUG